CUUAAAAAAGUUCCGAGGAUGGACGACAUUUUGCCAAACAACGUUCCCGUGAGAAUUUAUUUUAUGAGAGAAUAUUUCAUAAUUAUCAGAUAUCAAGAUUGAUGUUUUUUACUUAUAGUUUCAUUUGACUAUUCAAUCCAAAAUAAUGCUCAAUUUAAGUUCACAUCAAGAAAAUAUUCAAUAACUUGAGCUGGUUUUUCCCAGCAAGCAUCUGUAAAAAGAAAGAUGGCGGCUCACGACGAUCAACGUUUUCGGGAAAUGCAGGCUGAAAUGAACAGGUUCGAACAGGAGAUUCUUGGACCUGAUGACACUGACGAAGAUGUGGAACCAAGUCCUAAAAAACAGCAGACUGGAGGAGCAGGCUUCGUGAUUGGAGCCAGUACAUUCUCUACUGUUCAACAGAGAUUGAUUCAGCAUGCUGGAAUGCCUGAAUCAGAAGGGGAUGCUCCACCACCAGCCCCAAAAGCCCCACCAGGGCAAGUGCCAGCCUUAAGACCACCACCGCCUCCUCCAAAGUUCCUAGCUCCACCAACUUCAUCAUCACAGAAUUUCUCAGGUGUUGCCAAGGCUCCACCUCCUCCACCCCCAGGACCUAGUCCUUCUGGGCCCCCACGUAAUUCAGUACCCCCUUUACAACCACCACCUGCUCCUCCCAGUUUCCUUCCCCCACAGUUAAGAAACAGAGCUCCACCCCCUCAUCGUCCCCCAUUUCCCCCUAGAUUUCCUCCUCGCCCACCUCCAGGUAUGCGUCCACCUCCCCCAAUGAUGCCUGGGCCCCCUAGGCCACCCCCUAUGGGUAUGCCACCUGGGGGACCAAUGCCACCCUUUGGAGGUCCCAUGCGAGGCCCUCCUCCCCCUGGAUACAGACCCCCAGGAGCCCCAAAUACAAACAAUGCCCCCCAGGUUCAGCAGCCUAAAAAACCAGUAAAGGAAGAACCAAAAGUUGUUUAUUCUGCGGCGCCAUCUAUCAUUAAACCUGUAAAAGAAAAGAAAGAAAAGAAGAAGAAAAAAGAAAAGAAUCAUGAAAACUCAAAAAAGACUGAAAAUAGUGAUAUUGAUGGUGUUGCCAUGGAUACAACUAUAGCAACCUCAACAGCGCCUUCAUCCAUUGUGACCCAACCCCCAGAGGCAACGCCCAUUACUCAGACUCCUGCUGGUCCAUCUCAGCCCAACAAAAUAGACAGUGUAUUUGAAGCUGAAGACAUUGGGUUUGCAAUGUUAGAAAAAAUGAAAAAGGAAAAACGAGAGAAAAAGAAAAAGAAUUUAAGGAUGGCAGCUGGUCAGGUUUGGGAGGAUACCAGUCUUCAGGAAUGGAAUCCAGAUGAUUUCCGUGUAUUCUGCGGCGAUUUAGGCAAUGAAGUGACAGAUGAAGGUCUGGCAAGAGCCUUCAGCAAAUAUCCAUCAUUUGUAAAAGCGAAAGUUGUUAGGGAUAAACGUAGUAAUAAAACUAGAGGCUAUGGCUUCGUCAGCUUCAGAGAUCCAACAGAUUUUGUUCGAGCAAUGCGAGAAAUGAACGGAAAAUAUGUUGGCAAUCGACCAAUCAAAUUACGUAAAAGCACAUGGAAAGACCGACAACUGGAUCAGGUUAAGAAGAAAGAAAAAGAGAAGAAGAAAUUAGGAUUUAAAUGACAUUUGUUAUUGGUUAAUCUUUAGGGAAUUUGAAUGGUCUGCUGAGGACUCGCAAUUAUUGACAUUUCCUGGACGGAAUUACAAGUUAAGUGACUUUCGGAAUAUAACACUAAAUUGUAUUUAGUGACAUGACCUUAAGUGACAAUGGGAUCCAGUGACAUAAUGUGGAGUCUUUUACAGCUUCACUUAAAGUAUUAACAAGUUGCACCCACAUACUCUGCAGUGUUCGGAUUUAUCAAAAAAUAAUGACUUUUUUUGUAUAAAUCACUCCUACGCUCAAGUAUUGGCAAAUUGGAGUAAUUGUCAUUAACUUUCAAUAUUUUACAGUAAUGGGUAUUUAUAAAUGGAAUUCUUUAAAUAUGUGCCUAUAAACCCUUCAGUAAUGUAAGUUAUUGUUAAAGUUACACUCUAAUAUAUUACAACCUUUUGUAAAAAAGUUGACUCUAAAUGAUGCCAUACUAAUUGCCAAUAAAAUCUCACUUGUACAUUUAUGUAUCUGAUCCUAUUCUUGGAAGUGAAUGUUCCCAACACUUUGGUUUUUGAUAUCCUUCAUCAAGAGCAAAUAAAAGGGUGUAAUGUGUGAUAUAUGACAGUGGAAUAAAAACUUAGUUGUGAAUCAGAAUAUUAAAACAAAUAUUAACGAUAAUUAUCCCACUGAAUACAGUUCAAGUAUAGUUCAAAGGAUAUAGAAAAGUCAUUCAUCUGUCCAGUGGUCAGUGUGUUCUGGCGAUAACUCAAAUGCAGUUAUCAUGAUUGUUUUGAUAAAAUAUGUUUUGUUCUCUAGGAUCUGCUACCCCGGGAGUUGCUGUUUUUCUUGCUGUGUCUAUGACUCAUAAUCUCUGACAAUGCCAGAAAGCGAUGAAAACAAUGCCAUUGUAGUCUUUCACCAGGUCUUUCCUCACUGGGAUAAUUGCUUUUUAAUUGGAGAAGCUAAUGGGAAUUCAGAGGGUCUCAGCUUUCGAGCAGGUACCUGGAGAUAGUGAAACAUCAUGCUGUAAAGUAUGUAAUAUUU